GACAAAAAGACGAAAUUUAAGCCUCAAGCGUAAGUUUCUUUUGUAUUAUAAACAAUUUUAAUUAAUUUUAACUUAGUUUAUGAAUCGAUAAGUUACAUGGGCUUGUAUACGACACGUCUUUGCCUUUGGUGUUAAAACGUUUUGUGUAUAUUUAUACACUACUAUGGUUUCGAAAUCAAAGGCCAAAUGCCCAAACGAUUUGUUUUGAGGCUAAAAUCUGUGCAAUUUUGUUAUUUUUAUUACAUAUAACACGCAUAUACAAUUUUAUAUACAAUAUGUGUACAACGUACAUGAAUUCAUUUUAUAUAUAUUUUGUUCCUCUAUAUUGAAAAAAAACUAAUAAUUAACUUGAGUCGAGAGCCAUAGUGACAAUUAUGAGAAGUUUAUGGCAAAUAUACACGUUCACGUACAGUAUAGAUCAGCUUUUAUUUUUGUGAGCUUUUAGUUUUUAUUUGUUGUGAAAAUUGGGAGCGUUUUUUCAUAGUUUUCUCUAGGGAAUCGGUAUAUAUAAGUUCACAUGGACAGAUGUACUACUAUUGAAUAAGAACUAACAAUUGAAUAAGAACUAACAAUUAACUUGAGUUGAGUGCCAUGCAAGUUUACGACAAUUCUAUAUGUACACAUGUCUACCUUUAAUUUUAGACAUUUUAGUUGUUUGUUAUGAAUUUUAGGAUAAUUUUUUUAAAGUUCUCGUACGUAUACGACAAAUAUCUUAUGCGGUUCUUCUCUAUAAUCGUAUGGAAAAAUUUUGUUUUUGCUUGAAAGAAUACAUUAUCUCAUCCUUGGCAACUUUGUUUCUACAGCCGCCUAAAUAUUUGGAAACCAAAUUCCUUAAAAGUAAAUAAAUAAUUUUUAUUAAUUUAUAAAAAGUUAAAAUGUCUUCAUUCUUAAAUUGGUAGAUUUCACGCAUUAAGCAUUAUGGAGCAGCUGAUGUGGUCAUCGAUAGAAAUGUUGGCAGUUAUAUAUGUAGAGGAUAAUAGACGGUUGCGAGGAGAUAUGGAUUUUAUUGUUCGAGUGGCAAAAACAAUAUCUCACGAGUGAGCGCAGCGAACGAGUGAGAUAUUGUUUUUGACACGAGAACUAAAUCCAUAUCUUUUCGCAACCGUUCAAUGUUCUGUUUAUUAUAUGGACUUACUCAGAGUGACAAAAAUACACACAAAGACGACAUGUAAAUAAGCAUGCGAAAGACCAAACAUAAACUGCAAACAUAAAACUAGAAUAAAUUUUACUUAAGAUGUCUUUUAAAUGUUUUCGUUUUAUUUUCAACGUUAUAAUUUCGAUUUAUAUACGAACGAAAGACCAUUUAUUUUUUCAAAAACAACAAUGAAAAUGGCGGGAAAUUUUCGAACUUCGUAUGUCACUAGCAGGGGUGAAAUGCGGAAAAUACGCGCAUCAUGAGUUCUACGAGUGUUUUAGUUUUUACACCAUUGUCCAUAUAAUAAAGGAGCGAUGAAGAAAAUUAGUAAACUACAUUAUAAAAUAACAUGUAUAUAACGCGUGCUCUGAUUGGUCGAAACCCGUGUUUGGAUCAGGCCAUCCAAACACGGAAACCAUAAAGUAAUUGUAUAUUUCUCAAUUGUUUGGCGUGCAUCAGUUUCUCGCUGUGAUAACUCUGUAGGUCGACCACCAUCUGCUGCACGAUAGUGCUUAAUGAAAACCGCCCAUGUAUAUACAGCAAAAUUUCUUCCCUUAUAGAUUGAAAGACAUGACAAUUAUUGGCGUUUUCAGCACGGUUUAUCAGUCAUUACAAAAACCAUCGUUUAAAGUCUGCCACUGACAAAUCUCGAUGCCAUUUUCAAUGAACAAACGUUCUUCGGGUUCCGACCGCCCACGAUCAGCAAGGCUUCGGAGAAGACCUUCAAUCCCUCAAGACGAACACGAAUCUAUCGCACAAUGCUUUGAGGGCGAACAAUCUGAAUUAACAAAUAAGAAGAACACAAAAUCAAAACCAGAACUAAAUUUACUGGAAACUUCAAAUCGACUGGGCAUAACAAACCGAAUAUUGGGAAGAGAAAAUGAGAAAGCAAAUCAUACACUGACAGUGCCAAGUUCCAUGGAAAUAAGGCCUGAAGCAAAAAAUGCGAACUUUGUGAAUUACUAUCAACGAGGCGGAAGGGAACCGCCAAAAAGUCCACGAAUUUUACCAAAAUUGGAGAAAAACAGCGCUAGAAAGGCGAUACCUGAAGAGAGUCCGCCGCCUGGGAAAAAUGAGGCCCCAGAUUUUUCGAUGUUCUUAGACAAGAAAAAGAGAGUUGAUAGAGGGAGUUUGCAGUUAGGGAAACAAUAUUCAGUCUUGCCUAAUAUUUCACAUACUAAUGAAGGAGAAGGUGGCAACGUUUCACUGUAAUUGCUCUGGCUGCUACUAUAGGAAGCGACUAAUACGAGUAUAAUCAUGGACUGAUAAGGCCACAUCUAUAGGACAACUAGAGCCACGGACUAAUAAGACUAGAGUCUAUAGCCAUGGAUUACUUAGGGGCUAUAGUCUUGGAAAAUUUAGGACUGUAUUCUUGGCGUGUGUAGGACUAUAGUCUUGGACUACUUAGGACUAUCGUCAUGGACUACUUAGGACUAUAGUCAUGGACUACUUAGGACUAUCGUCAUGGACUACUUAGGACUAUAGUCAAGGACUACUUAGGACUAUAGUCUUGGACUACGUAGGACUAUAGUCAUGGACUACUUAGGACUAUAGGCAUUGGCUACUUGGGACUAUAGGCAUUGGCUACUUGGGACUAUAGUCUUGGACUACCUAGGACUAUAGUCUUGGACUGCAUAGGACUAUUAAGAAGACGUUAAAACAGAUUGCAAAAUUAUUUUAGUUGCUAUUAUUUAGCUGCUAUUUUCCUGCAUAUGUGUCCAUUCGGCAAUGAGUGAAUUAUCUGUACAGAUCUCAAUGCUUUGUGACAAUUGAAGGCUAUACGCAACUUUACCUGAUAUCUCUGUUGAAAUGUCUGUGUGUUCUUGUGUCAAUCUAAAAUUGGAAAGAACUAUAUUACUCUUUUUGAUCUUUAUAAUCAAACGGUUAUAGAAAUUUCCUGAAAUCGCUACCAACCUGCAAAAUAGUUCUUGAACAACACAACAACAGGCCAGAAAUAUCACACAGAG